AUGCGUUCUGCACGUACUGCUUUGAUCCGGGGUGUUUCCAGCCUUCGCGCGGCCUCUGGGAUCAUCGAUGAGUUGAAGCAGUCGAUUUUAAAGCAUCACGAAGUGGAAUUUCCAAAAAUCAAGGAGCUCAAGUCCAAACACAGUGAUGUGAACUUAAGCAAUGGGACAAUCGGGGCGGCCUAUGGUGGGAUGCGGGGCUUGACGGGGCUGGUCUACGAGCCAUCCCUGCUUGACCCCAUAGAGGGCAUCCGGUUUCGUGGCCUCAGCAUCUCUGAAUGCCAGAAGGCUCUGCCGUCCGCACCGAAUGGGAACGAGAUGUUGCCGGAGGCGAUGUUCUGGCUUUUGCUUACCGGCAGUACACCAACGUCGGAGCAGGCCAAGGCUUUCUGCAAUGAACUGCACCGUCGUGCGGACCCGGAGGCGAUUUUAACUGCGCAAAAAGCGAUCGCCGCGUUGCCUGCCAACACCCAUCCUAUGACGUCCUUCAGCGUUGGAGUGCUUGCCCUACAGACCUACUCGAAGUUCGCCAAGGCAUAUGCCACGGGCGAGUCCACCAAGAAGAAUUACUGGGAGUAUGCACUCGAAGACGCACUCGACAUCGUGGCACGCACACCAGCGGUGGCUGCCAUCAUCUAUAACCGCUUAAAAUGCGGUAAAGCGGAGCUGGCCGUCCCCAGCGAGUCCAGCCUUGACUGGGCCGCAAACUUCAUAAACAUGCUUGGCUACAAGAGCGAGGAAUUCUGGGAUUGUAUGCGUCUGUACAUGUCCAUUCAUGUGGAUCACGAGGGAGGCAAUGUGACGGCACACACCACCACAUUGGUUUCAUCCGCGUUAAGUGACCCGUACCUUGCGUUUUCGGCCGGCCUGAAUGGGCUCGCCGGGCCCUUGCACGGUUUGGCAAAUCAGGAGGUGCUAACCUACGUCCUCAGCAUGCGGGAGCAGUGCCAACGGGACGGCGUUGUGCUGACCAAUGAGGCCGAGCUCGAGAAGGCGCUCACCAAGUACAGCUGGGAUCUGCUGAAGAGCGGGCACGUGGUUCCGGGCUAUGGCCACGCGGUGCUUCGGGCGACGGAUCCUCGCUACAUGUGCCAGCGCGAGUUCUGCCUCAAGCACUUCCCUGAGGACGAACUCUUUAAGCUCGUCAGCACGAUCUUUAAGAUUAUGCCUGGCAUUCUCACUGAGCACGGCAAGACGAAGAAUCCUUAUCCUAACGUCGACGCACACUCUGGGGUGCUGCUGCAGCACUAUGGAUUGACGGAGCAGGAGUACUACACCGUGCUGUUUGGGGUGUCUCGGCAAUUGGGCGUUUUGUCUGGCGUUGUGUGGGACCGCCUGCAGGGCCGACCGCUGGAGCGACCUAAAUCUAUCACAUCAGAAGCGCUUUUUAAGAAAUACUUAAACAAGUAA